AUGAUAAACUACGACGAUAAUGACGAAAAUUUGUUGUCGUUUUAUAAUAUUGCUACUGUUAAUCCUACUAGUAGGAAUGAUUUGAAGUUAACUAAUCAAGAACAAAUCGAUUCAGACGAAUUGAACAAUUUCACAACUGACGAACAAUUUAAUUUAUUACUUACAUUAGUCAAUGCUAAUACUGGUCACAACAAUAACACAUUAUAUCGCUAUAAUGAUGAAGAUCCCGAGGACCCUCUUCGUGGGAGAGGUACUAAUGUUAUUAAACAAUUGAUGCAGAAACAAGUGAUUUCUUCUAAAGAUGACCCUAAAUUAAACCUGUUUUUAAUUUCAUCCCCGAAUUUCGAUUCACAACGAUUUUUAACUACUGUUCAUCAAGAUUCUUCAAUUGAUGAAUUGGUGCAGUCUUUAAAUUUCUUGGAAAGAAAUAUACACAGCCAGACAGCAGAGUUGAAACUGGUUAUAGAUUCCAAUUUUAUUAAAUUUGUUGAUUGCAAAAAGUCAAUAGAUGAUAUUCUAGUAGCGUUCAGACAACUGAAAACAAAGGUUCAACAAGAUCGUGAAAACUCCAAGAUUUUCAAUCCUCAAAGGCAUAAAAACAUGGAGAAGAGUGAGACACUUUCUUCUGAACUUGAAGAAUCAUUAAAAAACAUUAAUAUGGCAUCCACCUUACUCAUAAGACCUAUAAUGGAGAAUAAGAGCAAAGAGCAAAAAUUGAAUACCUUAAUUGAAUUUAUUAAAAGCAACAAGUUUUUCUUCGAUCUUCCCCAUAAUUUGAUUGAAUCAUUGUCAAAUCAGAACAAUGACCAGUUUAUAGAGGAUUACAAUAGAUUUCUUAAAGCAAAGGAAGAAUUUAAUCAAAAACAAGAAGAAUCGUACAAAAGAGAUAUGGCUCAACUAAACCCGGAAUCUGAUUUUGAAGCAAUUAAAGAAAGAGAGCAAAAUCAGCAAUUAGCUGAUACUGCAAUAUUAAGGGUUUUUACGGAGGUGGAUAAUAUUAUCGUGGAAUAUAGAAAGAAAAUUUACAACGAACUUCUUAGUUUAGAUCAUGAAGCAGGUAAUUCCAAAGGCCAUUUCUCGAAUACAAAUAACGCCAGAUUCAUAUCUUUAGUUGAUAAAUUAUACCAAUUGAAUAACGAGGAUGGAAAUAAUGCAUCCAACCCAAUUUAUGAAUUUUUGAAUACUCAGCUUAAUGGUUUACGGAAAGAUUUAGAUUAUCAAAUUAAUAAGUUCGAUACUAAAUUUAAAAUGAUGCAAAGAAAAUUAUUGGAUUAUAUAACUUCAUUAGCGGAGCAUAGAGAAGGCGGUUCGCAUGUUGGACAUAUUAGUGAAAAGUACAGCAAUAUUGAUGACUAUUUUAGAGCUUCUUCUACAUCUUCAACUCCGAGUAACGAAGAAAUGGACCGGAUAGUAAUGAAGUUCUUCGAUAGUAGUGAUAACUUAGACUUGUCAUUUAUUAAUGAAACAUGGUUGGUGUUACUCAACUUUGUUACUUACUUGGAUGAUUUAUUUUUGAAGAAUAUGACGAAGUUUGUCAACAACUAUAACCAUUAUGGUAACCCUAAUAAUGGUUUCAAUAUAGAUACCCAAGGAAAAAUAAGAAACUUAUUUGUUAAUCUUGUUGUGCAUCUUACAAACAAGCUAACUUCUCUAUUUGACGACAACGCCGAAUCAGUUAAUCAGAUGGAAUCAUCUCCAGCAAACUACAGCCGAUUUUUGCCAUAUCACACUAAUUCUCUUUCAACUAUAUUCUACUUGAGUGGGAUUUCAUCUAAGAUUAAUCACACUCUAACCAAAAUAGGUAGUUGCAUGGCAAUCGUCGGAAAUGCGAAUAAAACUACCGAUACGAAUAAGAUAAUUAAAACUUUGAGAACCGCAUCAAGUACAAUAAACCAGAAGAUUCUUGAAGCAACUUGUGCGGUUUGGGUUAAUGACUGUUCUCAGUUCUAUGACUUAGAAAGUUGGGAUAUCUAUCAUCCUAUACAUGAUAAAAGUGUCGGACCAACCUUCACAAAGGCCAUUAAUAUUCUCGAAUGCUAUGAAGGUUAUAUAUUACGAAAGUUAUCCGACUUAUUAUUUGUGAAGGGAUUCGAAGAUAAUUCUAAUGACGACAUACGCAUUGUUGCCCCAUACCCUAGCAAAAGGAUAUUAGUCAGUGUGGAGAUUCAAUUUAUGAGAAGUUUAAACAUUUUAAUUGAUUCCUUAAUGAAGAAAUACAACGUUGAAAAGUCAUCAGUUAAGGUUAACGCUAAAGGAGCACAUAUAGAUUUGGAAUUGUAUAAAGUUUUGACAAUGAAUAAUUUUGAUAGACUUUCUGAAAGAAUUUAUCCGAAAUUGAUUAAAAAGUUCGAUCAAUUAUUUGAAAAGAACUUACUGCAACAAAAUUUGAAAUUGUAUGCUGACAUAGACAAGGCAGCGUUAACAAUAUUAGACGAUAUUUUAGAACGUGAAAAAUCAUGGAUUGAUGAACGAGUUUCAAGAUAUUUUCUUAAAAUCCCAAGCAAAGCAGUUGAUCCAACCGAUAAUCAUGUAUUGAAGAUCGAAAGCUUUACAUAUGAAGUAUUGAUUCAUUUUGUUAAGCUUAUUCAUGAAGUUAAACCUUUGACAGGAACUGAAGUUUUCGUAAGUAUUAUGAAUGAAUUGCAAAAUUAUUUUUUAAAAUUGGUAUUGGAGUAUUUAAGAUCAUUGAAUAGGAAUGAUAAAUUCUAUUCAAUACUCGGAAACUUGAAGUUAGGUAUAAUUUUCUUUGUUGAAGUAUUUGAACCAAGUAAAUAUGCCAAAUUGAAUGAUUAUUGUAUGAAUUUGGUCGAAAUUAUUUUGGGUAUUAUUAACGAGAAUGAGAAGCCGAACUAUUCAGACGAAGAGUUCGACAACAUAUUAAUGAAGUGUUUGAGAGAUUCAGAAAGUGAGUUUGAUUGCUUUUUAUAG